UUAGCGUUUAAUGGACUUAAAGAGGGUUUAGCAGACGAUUUUGAGCUAUAAUAUUUAAGAAUGAGUCGGGCAGCUCUUCCGGGCAGUCGGGGAAGGAAAAGGACAGGUCUAUUGCGCGUGACCGAAGUUCUAAAUGGUUCGAGGGAACCGAAAGUUGAUCAGGUAUUUGAAAGCACAGACGGACCGACAAUUGAUGGGGAGAGUUUUAGCGCUGAUGAAGAAAAUCCAGAAGAGGAGCUAUACCAGAGUAUUGUGAGAGAGCGGAAUAUAGUCAGAUCAUCAAAGAAUAAUGAUUCUCAAGUAAAAGGUAAACCGGGUGAACGUGUACGUCCAACUGAAGAAAGAGAUGAGAAUGAAGACAGAAACAAACCGGUAGAGAAGAAAGUUUCUCAUCAAUCACAGCAACAAGAAGUUUUUACUACAGCAUUUCAGUAAGUAACUUUUUAUUUUGUAUGUAUUGAUAUUUGAUUUAGGUAUAGUUUUAACAGUAAUUACCUCCUCUUUGUUUAGAUUUUCUAGUAGGAAGAAAAUACAGUGUUGUGCUAAUCUUGUAGA